AUGAUUGCCAUUUUAACCUCCCUCCUAACCUUCGUCCUCGCAACCCUCUACUUUACCCACCGCUCCCUCCGCUCCACCCUCCACGCCCACCAUGAAUGCACCCUUCCUCCUCAAAUCACAACCCGCAUAACCUCCCUCCCGGCAGACCUGACUACACACCCCGAGAAAUACAUCAUCUUCUACGACCAGGCCUCACGGCCAGUCUCCAGGCGCUUGCUCCCGGACCUCCCGCUCCCGGAAUUACUAACCGCCCUCCUCCGCCGGAAUAUGGCAGCGUUUUCACAUUUCCCGCAGGCGUGGCUGUUACGCCUGAAUUGCCCUACGGAGAGGGUGAGUUUCUGCAGUAGUUACAUCCAGAAAUUAGAAUUCGGGCAGGGGGAGUGCGUGUGUGGUGUUUACCGGGUUGCUGCGAGGAAGGAGGAUUCGGUUGAGUUGGAGAUGAGUCGGGGGGAUGUGGUGGGGCGGUUGGUUAUUGGGUAUGUUGUUGAUAAGGAGCAGGAUACAGUGACAUUUUCAAACGAGACGGUUAUGUGGAGUCGGAAGGAUGAAGAUGGAGGGGGAGGAGGGAAGAUUCCGUUGGAGAAUCGGGUGGUGCGAUUCUUUCAUGAGAUGACCGCUUGGUGGUUGAUGGAUUCGGGGGUAUGUUAUCUUAUGGAUAUGGAUGGGAGUGAAGUUGAUGAAAGGGUUGCUUUUGAGAAGGAUGGGGAGUGA